ACAGUUUUUGCCCCUUCUUGGGUGCUUCGCGCUCGCCGAUGACCGGUGUGGCCGGCAUGUCAGACCGCUUCUCGUGCGGUGAAGGGCGCGGUUGAGGGUUUCGUUCCGUGCGUCUUCUUUCGUUCCCUGCCGCGUUCCUACAGAGCACGCCGCUCUCUUCUCGUCUCGCGAGGGCACAGACGCGCUGCGUGGACGAAGGUUGCGCAGGCGCGAUUUUUUAAAAAAUUAUUAUUUUUCUCGCUGCAAAAAGCACAGGCACAUACUCCGUUCAGGCGCGCGUUGAGCGACGUGUAUGCAUUUUUCCUUGCAUGGAAAGACCCACCUCUUGUCUCAAGCGAAAUAUCAGGGACCUUUAUGAAAUUGAAUACGUGAUUGGAUCUGGCGCAUUUGGGAACGUUUCUAGGGCGGCCGCCGUUAAAGACAAAAAGCUCGUCGCUAUAAAAACAUUUAAGAAGAAUAAGGAUGGUGAAAUCAUCACGUCCACAAUAUGCAGGGAAAUCGCGCUUUUGCGCGAGAUUGACAACCAGAACAUGGUCCACUUGGAGGACAUAUUUGUCGACCCAGUGAACAGAGAUCUAUACAUCGUGUUUGAAUAUGCGGAAUACGAUCUCAAUGAAAUCAUAAAAUGGCACCGAGAUUUCAAAACACCCAUUUCAGAGGGCAUGGUGAAAUCUUUUCUCUGGCAGAUUCUGAACGGGAUUAAUUACCUGCACACGAACUGGGUGAUUCACCGCGAUAUGAAACCGUCCAAUGUACUUGUCAUGGGCGAGGGAAAGGACGAGGGUGUGGUGAAGGUGGCAGAUUUGGGCUUGGCGCGCAUUUUUCAGGCGCCUUUGUGCCCUUUGAGCGAAAAUGGGUUGGUGGUGACCAUUUGGUACCGAGCGCCGGAACUGCUACUGGGGACGAGACAUUACACGCGCGCGAUUGACAUGUGGGCCAUAGGGUGCAUUUUUGCCGAGUUGAUGACUUGUGCGCCAAUAUUUCCGGGCGAAGAAAGAAUGAAUCAAAGUUUUCAAGACAAUCAGUUGAUAAAAAUCGGCAACAUUUUAGGACCUCUAAAACCGAGUGUGUGGCCGGAAUGCGUCAAAUUACCAUAUUGGAACAGGUAUCAAGAGCUAGCCAUUCAGCACCCGGCUCACGAUUGGACACAAAAACUUCUUCCGUACGGAGAUGCCGCCAUGGACCUCAUCAAAAAAAUGCUCCAUUACAAUCCCAAUCAACGGAUUACUGCAUCCGCUGCCAUCAACCAUCGAUACUUUUUCGAAAAGCCGCUUCCGUCCAUCAAUUCGUUUGAUUACAACCCAAACUGGAGAAGAUAUCCUAUGAGAACUUCUGUCAAACCUGCCAAAACUCAUUCUAAUUGAACUCCACUUUGUGACAGCGUGAAUUCCGCGAAUUCUAUGCGGCCGCGCGGAAUUUGUCUUCUGCCCUGCAAUUUAAAAUUUUUUUGUAAACCCCCAAGACUACGGCGUGGAAAAGCCUUUGUGCACUCUUCAAUAAAAAAUUUUCCAAUUUAUGAUGACCU